AUGUUUAAGAAGUCAGAUCAACCAUCUAAAGACAAGUCGGCUACAGCUGCACCACCAACACCAACGUCAACGACGACACCAACCAAAGUAGAUCUAAAGAAAGAGAAGAAGGAGAAAGAGAAAGAUGAGAAACGUGAGAAAGAUAGAGAAAAGAUAGAGAGGAAGGAGAAGGAGAGACAGGAUAGGAGAGCCGCAAAGGAGGCAAGAGCACUGGCAAAGCUUGAGAAGAAACAGGCUUCAAAGGAUAGGAAGGGCGGACGUGAGAGAUCAAACAGCGACCUGAGUGUCGAUGACACAGACACAGAUGACACAGACUCUAUAAGUGAUCUGUCAAGCUCACUCGAUCGCACUGGCCCGCUCGGUCUUGGAGGCUCGCUCACCACAUCCACUGGACGCGCAGAGGCUGCCGCCUCGGGCAAGGAGCUCAACAUCAACCUGAGCGUCUCAAACAAGGCUGCCAAUCAAUCUUCGAGCGAGUCGGCAGCUGCCGCAUCGAGGUUGUACAUGGAUGGAGAGGCCUUCUCAUCAGAGAAUUUCUUGAUCGCCCUCACAGACACUGAUCACUUGGGCCCAGCCAUCAAGUCGGUCUUUGAGCUGGGCAAGCAGAACGAUGUCAUUGACAGUCUCAACGAGUACAUUGGCAACAAGGAGCGCGACAUUGAGAAGAUCUGUGGUGACAACCAUGAAGGCUUCAUCAACUCAGUCACAUCAUUCCUCAGUCUCAAGCAGGAUAACCUGGCUCUGAAGCAAUCAGUCAUACAUCUAAACUAUGAGAUACAGGAGAUUGGUGGCAGAUAUGUGACCAAGGCCGAGGAGAUGUUGGCAUGCAAGCGCACCAAAGACAACAUACGCAAGACAAAGGAGAUAUUGAACAACUGUCAGUAUGCCAUACAGUUGGGUAUGAAGAUCGAGGAGUACGUCAAGAACAAGAGAUACUACCAUGCCAUCAAACAUAUGGAUCAGUUACACAACGUCUAUCUAAAGAGACUGGCCGACUUCCAAUUCGCAAGGAACAUGGACGCCAACAUUCCUAUCAUCAAGGAGAACAUCAAGAAGCUUGUAAAGGAUGAGUUCAAUACAUGGAUGGUCGAUAUCAAGGAGAGAUCAGCAAAGAUUGGUAGAUUUGGUAUGAUUCAAUCGGCCAAACGAUUGGAGAAAGAGAGAGAGAUCAAUCCACUAAAGAUGAGGACAUCAUUUGGAGAGAGCGAGGCAGUUUGGGAUAGAAUCCUUGGACUUCCAUCCAAGGACAACACUAGUGCCAUUGGACUACUGUCACCAAAUCAGCAAAUAGGCUCACCAUCAUUCGUCAGCUAUAGUGACAUAGAGAAGGAUGAUCUUAUAAUGCGCUCACCUUUUGAUGAGGUCAACAUUGACUUCCAUCCAUUGUAUCAAUGUCUGUUCAUUUACAGUAGUCUGGGACUGAUGGAGGAGUUCCAGGGAUACUACACACUCAAUCGUAUGCUGCAGUUCCAGAUGGUCAUUCAACCAAAGGAGCAUGGACAGGUAUGGGAGUCAUUCCUGCAACAGAUUGCAGGCUACUUCAUGGUGGAGAGCAUGGUGAUCGACACCACCCAUCCACAUCUCUCAAAGACUGCCAUUAAUGAGUGCUGGAACACUGCUUUGGUCAAGAUCACAUCGGUGCUGCAGGAGCUGUUCACGCACUGUCACGACACACGCUCGCUCAUCUCAUUCAAGAAGUUCGUGCUGGUCUUCACCAACACGCUCUCACUCUAUGGCUACCACGUGCAACCGCUACUCUACAUGCUCGACACGAUGAAGGAGAAGUACUGUCAGUUCGCCAUCGUCGAGGGUGUGGAGAUGUUCACCAAGAUCCUCGAGUCCGAGUCCAACGUCACACUGUACGUCGAGACGCCAGAGGAGUAUCGCAAUCUGAUCCUGGCCAACAAUCUCGAUCCAGACUUUGGAAAGAGCACAUCGACAGACAACAGCGACGACAAUGACGAGCAGCAACAGACUCCCGCCGUGGACGACGAAUCCCUGGCCAAGAUGCUGCCCAAGGCAUUCCCAUUCUCCAAGCUGGUGCCCCAGUUCUACACGUUACUCAAGCGAUUCAUAUCAGAGUUCUACGAGUUUACAUCACAGCUGAGCGAGAACGAGGACUUUAUCAUCCGAUCGACAGACACACUCAUCAGAAAGAUCAACGAUACACUAUACAACUUCCUCACAAUGUCCAGCGCUGUGCCACAGGUGAUUCAGCUGGUGGUAAAUCUCAAGCAUCUGUUGGUGGCCUGUCAGUUCUUCAAGGACUAUCUCAACUCAUUGAUUCUGGGCGACAACAAGACUGCAGAUGUCAAUCUCACCUCAUCGAACAGGGUAGCACUGUCAUCAUCCAACCUACUCUACACCACCAAGGGUCUAGGUGAGAAGCACAUCAUAGCACUAUGUGAGCGCAAGAUUGAUGAUCUCAUGUCAUCAUCAGCCAACAUCAACUGGUCACCAGUUGCAUCAGAUGAUCGUCCAAGAGACUACAUUGAAGAUGUUGUAACAUACCUCGAGUUCACAUUGCCAUUUGUACAGCCACUGUCUCCACAACUACGUGAGGACUUUAUUACAAAGGCAUUCAAGAGGAUAUCGGAGCUGUUGACGACAAUGAUACAUAGCGACUCUUUGAAGAAGUUUAAUAUGAGUGGUGUCAAGUGCUUCAACGCCGAUUUGAAGCAGAUCGAGGAGUUUGCCAGGAGAAAGGCCGAUGAGAAGGAGAGGACGGCAACGUCCAGCAGAGAUCUGGUUGGAUCAUUCUACGAGUUGAGACAAACUGUCAACCUACUUCUGGCUGAGAAUCCAGAGGAGUUUGGAGAUAUCAAGAUCAGGGCCAAACAUUACAAUCUGAUCACCAAUAUCCAUGACCUCAUAAUAUUGUUCCAAAAGUAUAAAGAAGAGUCCAAAGGCUUUACAACGCCCAAGGAGCAAAAGGACAGAAAUAAUAAGAUAGCAAAUGCGAUCAAGAAGUUUAAGGAAAUGGUGUAA